AUGCCCCCGCGAAUAAACAUCCCGCCAGUCACACGAGCCCUGCUCGGCACUCUGCUCUUCCAGUCGGUCCUGAGCGCCGCGAUUAGGUAUCGCCAGUGGUCCGAAGAUGCGAACAUCGUCAUCCCGUACUUGACGCUCAUCCCACAGCUGUCCAUUACCUACCCUUGGACUUUUCUGACGGCUUCCCUAGUUGAGGGCAACGUCUUUACGUUUGGCUUGGGCGCCGUGACCCUGUAUCAUGGUGGCAGAUAUCUGGAGAGAGCAUGGUCGUCGGCAGACCUGGCCAAGUUUAUUGCCAUUGUUUCUCUGGUCCCAAAUGUCCUAACCUUUUUCACCAUGGUCUUCUUCUUCACCCUGACCAGAGAUCCUGACUGGACCCUUACGGUCAUUGGCGGCACCAUUCCCUUCCAGAUCGCCUUCCUCGUCGCCUUCAGCCAACUCAUCCCUGCGCAUACGGUAACGCUCUUCCGAGGAGUCGUCUCCCUCCGAGUCCCGAAAAUCCCCCUCAUCUACAUCGGCAUCGUCACCUUGCUCUCGUUCACACCACUGCUGUCGCGUGCUGCUCUGUGGUUGGCCAACUUCGGCUUCCUCACCAGCUGGACGUACCUGCGAUUUUUCAAGGUAGUCUUUCCCGACCUUGACUCGGCUCAGCCAGCGUCGCUGCGUGGUGACGCCAGCGAAACGUUUGCCUUUGCCGAGUUCUUCCCAGGGCCUGUCAAGCCCUUUGUGGCCGCCGUUGCAGAUCAGAUAUACAGCAUCCUUGUGGUAAUUCGGCUCUGCAAGCCAUCGGGACAGCGGGGCAUAGCCACGCGCCAUGACAGCAUUUCACAGAGGGGGGCCCCAGGAAGUGCUCGUGCUGAAGCCGAGAGGAGGAGGGCCAUCGCGCUCAAGGCGCUAGAUCAGAGACUGAAUGCAGCCACCGCCGCUGCUCGACAGUCGGCACCGGCUCCGCCGCCAGCUUCUGCUCAGCCAAGCGGCCCACCCGUACAGGUUCAGCCCCAGACAAGUGCUCAGACAGCUAUGAAGUCCGAGCCAGGACCAAUGCUCGGCGAGACCAAAUUUGAGCCAGAGGAAGAUGAUUCAUAG